AUGUUUCACCGGUGCCGCGAUGCCCUCAAGUGUUAUGUCUACCUGGCCGACGUGUCUAUCCCUGACGGGGAAAACCAAACAGAAUGGACAUGGGAGGCGGCCUUCCGCAACAGCCUGUGGCUCACACGGGGCUGGACACUUCAAAAGCUUUUGGCGCCGGCAUCGGUGGAGUUCUUUUCGCGCGAAGAGCAACGACUGGGUAGCAGGAGCACCAUCGAACAGCAGAUCCACGAGAUCUCGUAUAUUCCAAUUGCGGCCUUCCGCGGCACUCCUUUAUCUCAAUUCAGUGUGGAUGAGCGCAUGCGGUGGGCAGCCAAACCGAACACCAAGAAGAAGGAGGACUAG